AUGGAAGAAGACACGGACGGUUCGCCGGUAGAAGAUGACAUGGACCACGUUCUGUCCAUCGGCUCAACAUCUCGCGAUCUGCAGACGGCGUAUCUCAUCAUCAGCCUGGUGUUGUCGGUAGGAUGCGGCCUGCUGCUCAUCUUCCUGGUUUGGAAGAAAGAGUAUCUCCAAAAGCCCAGCCACUACCUGCGGUGUAACCUGGCGGUAGACGACAUCGUCUUCACCAGCUGCCUGAUUCCCGUCCGUAUCUACGCACUUUUCCGGCAAGACGCCAGCGGAGGACAAGCGUACUGCUCGGCUGAAGCAGUGGUAGCGCCCGUAUUUGGGAUGUCUACGUAUUACACAUACCUCAUGAUGGCAGUAGACCUGUACUACUUCGUGUGCCACCCCCUACACUACCACGACAAAGUCACGACCAAACGCGUGGUCCUGGGCAUCCUGGCGUUCAGGGUCUUGUCCCUCUUCGGCGGACUAGCGCCAGUGGCCUUCGGCGGACUGCCAGAAUACAACCAUCGUUGUGGAAGGGAGCCUGCGAACAGUACUGCCUUAUCUGCCAUCUUCAGAAACAUGACCAUACUUCUCGUGCUACUUGUUGUUCUCUCCGUCCUAGUGAUCUACUGGCGUAUCUUCAAGGAGGCCAGAAGGCAACAGGAAAGGGACGAGAACCGUGACCUGUGGGUGUUCCAGACCAAGGCAUUCAAAGUGAUGGUGCCGCAUGCCACGAUCUUGACUGCAUCCACAGCCACUAUUGUUUUCCGAGUAGCCAUUUGGCGAGCUGUGAUCACAGAGGAACAGAUGUCCCUUCGCGGCCUGAUGAUCGCUGAACGCACGGCCAUCCUACUUGUCCUGUCUCUAUCGUCCGUGGCGAACCCCGUCAUCUACAGCUUCCGGCUGCCAGAGUUCCGCCGAGCCUUAAGGGAGCUGUGCGGAUGGCCGACCAACGCCAACCCACCGCCGCCGCCGGCACCGACACGGCGGCAUCGCCAGGACGACACGGAGAUGGUCGCUAUCACCGGUCCCAGGCGGCGCGGGGCACCGGCUUCGGAAUUGGCGCCCGCUCAAACCUCUUCAGCGGGCCUGACCAUACAGCCCACGGCGGAGGACAUGCCUUCCGACCAGGCAGAAAGGCAGACAACACAGGCAGACACGAGCCCCGGACCACCAGCGUCCCGUGCAGGACACCGUGGCCGCGAGACCGCCUCGGGGAGACCGACCCGGCUGACAGUGCGGGCGGAGGUGCACGCCGAGCCGAGGCCCUGUCCCGGACAUGAGGACGCGACGGUAGUCCUCCCCGGGCAAGUAGACACGGAUGCCGAAGAAGAGGACGUCCCUACACUAACGUUGGACACCGACGAGCCAAAAGUGGGACGCACUUUGGACCGUCCACCUUCGCGGCCGAGGGUGACAUGGGAGGAAAAUGCAGGCCAGGGCAACGAAGGCAAACCGUAA